UGGCUCCAGGAAUCCGCUCCCCGCGCCUUCCGCGUCUCCGCGUCCCCGCCUCUGCCCAAAAACUCGCUGAUCAUGGCCCCAAAGAAGGGAACUAAGCGUGCCGCGGCCGCGGAGGUGACCCUGACUCCGGAGGCCAAGAGGAUGAAGGAGACCUUCCGGAAGUACGGGGUGGUUGAGGCGGAGUAUGACGGCGUGGUGGAGGCUCUGCAGCACCCGGCGGCCGAGCUCCCAGCCUCAGUGCGGCAGAUGUUGGUGGCCAUGCUGCCGGAGGGGAUCUGCGUGCCGGUGAACGAGCGCCACCAGUACCAGGAGGCCCACGUGAAGAUGCUUCAGGAGACCUUGGAGUCCAUCGUCUCCAGGCUGCAGAGCAGCGCGGGCCUCGCCUCCGAGGAGGUCCAGCGCGUCGAGGCGUCCAAGGGCGAGCUGCAGGCCAAGGCGCAGGAGUGCGAAGAAGCUUUGGCGAGCGCCGCUUCGGAGGCGAUGGCGAAGAAGGAGCUGCUGGCAGAUGUGACGCGGGCGGUGCUCGCAGCGAAGACCGCGCUGGCCGAGAAGGAGAAGCUUCAGAAAGAGGGGGAUGCCUCAUACCUGAGCGCUCAGCAGGAGAAGACGGUGGUGGAGGAGGCGGUGGCGCAGGAGUUCCGCCUGCUGCGGGAUGGGGACACGGAGGGCGAGGAGGCCAAGGCGCACUACAAGAAGUUGGAGACGCUGGCCGGGAAGAUUGGGUUUGAGGCCAGCCUGAUGACAGCCCUGCCCACCAGCAUGCUGAAGAAGCCGGCGGAUCGGGGCUCCUUCGAUGCCAUGGUCGUCGCACAGCUACAGGAGGGCCUUGGCAAGCGCCUGGCGCAGCUCGGGGAGCAGCUCAGCGCCGGGGCCCCGCUGGCGCAGCAGCGCCAGGAGGCCACGCAGCAGGCGGCGAAGGAGUUGGAAGCGGCGAAGGAGAAGCAGCAGGAGGCGGCCGAGGCCUACCAAGCAUCCCUGGAGGCCCAGAAGCAGCGCCAGGCAGAGCUGGAGGCGGCCAAGAAGGAGGUGAAGUCCGUUGAGCCGCGGCUCAAGGCGACCCUCAAGGCCCAGAAGGAGGCGGAGGAUGAGCUGAAGCACUUCCGCGAGUACAACCUCGCGUGCUUCGAGAAGCUGCGGGACCACAGCGCUGAGAAUCCCAAGGAGACCCUCCUGGCCAACGCCCAGCGCGAGCUGGCGGAGGCUGCGGCCCUGGAGGCGGCUGAGGCGGGCGCUUGACGAAGGCGAGAGGCGCUGGUCGAGCGAUGAGCGGCUCGCGGACCGACCGGGCCAUGAGAGGAGUC